CAAUUUUUACAGAAUCGUUAAACAUUAUAUUGACUUAAUUCUAUGAAAUAAUGAAUACGUCUCUAAUCGAGCAAGAUUCUCCAUUAGACAGUCUGUAUCUUGCGUUAGGACAAUGUUUUGGUAUUAUAAUAUGUGGGUAUAUUGCUGGGAGAUUGGAAGUAAUUACAAAAACAGAAGCAAAUGGAUUAAAUACAUUUAUUGGCACUUUCUCAUUACCAGCACUGAUUUUCUUAUCAAUCGCCAAAUUAGAUUUUUUAAAAGUUAAUUGGAAGUUUUUACUAGCAGUAUUUAUAGCUAAAAGUAUAGUUUUUUUUGUGGUUUUGAUAAUAUCUAUAAUAAGUACAAGACCGUCAAAUUUUGGACGUUCAGCUCUAUUUGCUAUAUUUACAACGCAAAGUAAUGAUUUUGCUAUUGGAUAUCCAAUGAUAAAUGCUUUAUAUGGCUCCAGUCAUCCGGAAUAUUCGGCAUAUUUAUAUUUAAUGGCACCUAUAUCGUUGGUCGCUUUAAACCCAAUAGGUUUUGUAUUUUUAGAAAUAGCAAAACGCCAUCAAGGGGCAGUAAAUAAUUUAGAAAGCAAUAACAUCGACAUGUUCAAAGCUAUUGUCAAGGGGAUAGCAUUUAAUCCUGUGCUUUUAAUGACAUUCCUUGGAAUUUUAGGGAAUAUUAUCUUUAAUCACAAUCUUCCAACUAUGAUUCAAGUACUCUUAGAAGUAUUUGGGAAUGCUUUCUCAGCGACCGCUUUGUUUUUACUCGGCCUUAUGAUGGUUGGCAAAAUUCAUAAGCUCAAAGGUGGUGCUCUAGUCAUACCAGGAAUACUUAUUUUGAUAAAACUUAUAGUACUUCCGCUCAUAAUAAGAGAAUCUGUUAUAUUUUUGAGUCCUGGAGACAACGUUACAGAAACAUCCGAUUUGAGUACAUUUGGCUUUCUUUAUGGAACAAUUCCAACCGCUCCGGCUCUUUUUAUAUUCACUCUUCGUUAUAAUAUUGACAUAGAUUUAAUUGCCUCGGCUAUGGUUGUUUGUACAUUUUUAGCUGCACCUCUAAUAUUUAUAUCCGCAAAAUUAAUUAACGCUAUUGGAAGCGCAGGAUCUCCAGUAGAUUAUGCCGAACAACUGAAAGUUUUUUCUCUCGAUACAAGUGCAGCGUCCACAACAGCAUGUUUAUGGCUACUGAUCUGCUUUAUUAUUAUUAAAAGAAAAACGUUUCAAAGUGAAACUCACAGAUGCACAUUGUGUUUGAUUUUAGCACAGUUUAUAACUGGAGUCGGUGUAAUUAUUUGGGCAAGAUUAGAUGAUAAUAGUAUCGGAACUUUUGUAUGGUAUGCACAGUUUAUUUUAAUAACUCUUGGUGUUUACGCCAGUCGCUUUUUGACAGCAGCAAUUGCAAUAACUCUUUUGUUUUUAAAUUGCCAAACUACUGCUUUUAUCGAAAAUUUACAAAAGUGGUUACUCAUUAUAUGCUGGGGAGUUCCUGUUAUUAUUAUAAGCUUAAUUUGUCUAACGGUGAUACCAGUUACACCGACCAACAACGAACUUAACAAUCCAAAUUUCCAAUUUGGUAGAGUGCAAGUCGCAGUAUCGAUUCUCAUAUUAGUUUUUUGCUUCUUUGUUACCGUAGGCUGUUUAGUACUUCGACAAAGAUAUUAUGAAAGAAACGUAACAUUAUCAACUUACAGUAAUUUGAGUUCAUUGGUAACUAAUUCAGGCGGAUUAUCAACAGGAAGAAAUAUCGUAGACGUCGAAGAUCUUUUAACUACUACAAACAGAUUGAAUUCAUCCGGCGUGAAUCUCAACGACUGUCCCAAUGAAUUGUGUGGAACCAAUGAGGAUCAUGACUGCAAUAGACACUGUCAAUUAGAAAAUGAAAAUGAAACAGAGACUUUGGACGAUAGACAAGUUCUGCGACAUUUGGUUCUACUCAUAUUACUCCUGUGUUCUAUGUUUAUAGGACUAGCAAUGUCAGUAGCGACUCUGAUAAUGGAACAAAUGACUGGAGUUUACACGGAGCUGGCAUUUUUGGAUGUCGCCUUAGUUUUUGGCCAAUCUCUCAUCUCAUUUGGUAUCUUUGGCUUAGAUCCCGGUCUAGGAGCACUAAGUUAUUGGUUACGAAAUAUAUUAAGGAAGUGUAGAAUGGAAAAGGAGCUUCAGCUUCCAGACGAAGAUUCAUUGAGUCCCGAAGUGAAGGCCUUUCGCGAACAAUUUAGGCGAUGCUAUUUACUUAAAUGCCAGGCGCGCAUUGCCGCCUGUCGGAGGCAUCUUUUGCGUACUUAUACCGGAGUUUUUACAGGCAGUGAUCUUGUCAGUUGGCUAAUAGAAGCCGGAAUCGCCUCGGAUCGCGAAGAGGCAACGUAUUAUGGCCGCUGCCUCCUCGAUAGCAGAGUACUGAAUCACAUUGACAGCACUCAACAUUUUUACGAUCGAAAUUUCUUAUAUACUUUUCGGGGUUGAUUUUUCAUUGUCCGUCUCCAUGUCAAUGUAUACGUUACGUACAUUUGUUGUAGGCAUUUGUCGUAAGAAAGUAAAUAUUUCGGUGAUAAAAAUUAUGAAAUAUUUUCGUUAGAAAUUAAUAGUGUUAUUGUCUUCGGUAUGUAUAUAUAAAGAUUAGUAUAAUUAUUAGAGGAAUUGUGACUUGUUUGAAAAAGCCAAAUUUAACAAAUGGCAGUUUUUCAAAAGUAUUAAAAACGAUGGAUGGAACUUCUUUUUUUUAUUAUAGAAUAU